CAACAGGUCCGCACGCCUCCUCACACUAUCCUGAGAAGACGCAUCAGUGCUCGGAGUGUCAGCAAUGUUUCCCUAAUCAUUCAGCCCUCGUUGUCCAUCAGCAAACGCAUAGCGCCAGUAAUCUGUAUAGAUGCUCGGUCUGCAGAAUGCAUUUCAGCUCCAAAUUGGCUCUUACUGUCCACCUACGAUGUCACACUGAGGACAGACUGUUUCACUGCUCUUACUGUGGGAAAUCCUUUCACCAGAGGUCACGUCUGCUGUACCAUAAGAGGACUCACACUGGUGAGAGGCCAUAUUCAUGCCUGGAGUGCGGGAGAUGCUUUGCCAGGAGGUCUGCCCUUACUAAGCACCAAAAGAUUCACUCUGGUGAGAAGCCGUUUAAAUGCGCAGAAUGCACUAAAUGUUUUACCCAGAAAGGUGACCUUGUGAAGCAUCAGCGCACUCACACCGGGGAAAAACCAUUUCCUUGCCCUGUGUGCAGGAGAUGUUUUACUAUCAGAUCUGCCCUUACUAAGCACCAAAAGAUUCACUCUGGCGAGAAGCCGUUUAAAUGCGCAGAGUGCACUAAAUGUUUUUCCCAAAAAGCUGACCUUGUGAAGCAUCAGCGCAUUCACACUGGAGAGAGGCCAUUUCCAUGCCUGGAGUGUGGGAGAUGUUUUACCAUCAGAUCUGCUCUUGUCAUGCAUCAGCGGCUACACUCCGGUGAGAAACCGUUUAAGUGCUCGGAAUGCGGCAAAUGCUUUGUCCAGAGAUCCAGCUUAGUCACACAUCAGCGCACUCACACCGGGGAGAGGCCGUAUGUGUGUACCCAGUGCGGCCGCAGUUUUUCAGAUAGCUCAAAUCUUUGGCGACAUAAAAAGGUUCACACCGAUCUUGGUGAAUAAACUGCUCAUCACAUGUAUAACAAGACUUGCACAGGAAUUGAAAACAGACUUCUUUUCCCACCAUAUGCAGGUCUUGAAAUUGUGCAAUGGUCUGUGUCCCGCUAUGGAUCCAUCUAAAAAUGUGCGUUGUUGAUACAAUAGAAAAAUUACUUGAAAGUCCCACCUAUUACGAAUUCUUGGUGUAACUGAAAUUAGUUAUGAAUUUGAAGGGCCUCUGAACUGUCUCUCUUACAUGUGUUAUUUCUAUGUGUUUUUAUUGAUUACAUUUAGGACCGCGAUUGGGUAGGGGGUAUAUUCAAAUGGAGCUUGUACUUAGAUGGGCUGCCUGUAACAGAUGAUUCUGAUUGUGAACUGUUUCUGUGAAUUUGAGGCAGUUCCAUGCCUGAAUAAUUGCUACUGUUAGAGCCAAAGCAAGAAGGAAUACAGGUGACCUGCUCCCAGGGUCCCUCUCCACAAGGGGACCCUCUCGUAAUGUGGGAUCACCAUUACAUCAUCCCAGCAGUAUAAUCGGUGACCGUGGGGGGUGGUGUCUCCAUCUGUCAGCCUUAACCAAUAGUCUGGUGAUAUGUGCUUGGGUCUGGCGAUCAUGUGCGUGUCUCUGGGUGAGUAUGUGGGUAGGUCUGGUGAUCGUGGGUGGGUCAGACGGUCAUAUGUGGGUGUCUAGGGAAAUAUUUCGGUGGUGGGUCAUGUGGAUAUGUGUGGGUGUCUGGGGCAAUAUGUGGCACCCUUCAUCAUUGUGGAAGGUUGAUAUAUACAGUUAUUAUACCUUUCUCCAUUAGCCAGGGUUCCACGCUACAUCUCUGUAUCUACUGGGCCAUUAGAAGAAAGAAUCCUGUCUGUUUCAGUUUUUACUGGGCUGCAAUUUCUAAUAUCAGUCCGGAUUACAGUGGUUUAUCAUUCCCUAGAAAUGUGCUUUUCCAAAAGUGCAAUUAGAAGGUGCAAAAUAUGCACAGAAGUACAGGAUGAGGCCCAAAUUAAACCAUCUUAGUGCAGCUAGAAGAAUCAAGUCCACUUGCUGAGCGGAAAAGGCUCUGUUCCCUACCAACACAGGGAGUGACACUUUAAACAUCACUUCUCCUCACCUUCAUACUAUACUAUUUAAUCCCAUCACAUAAAAUUAAAUCUUGUAUUUAUUUGCAUGUCGGGGUAUUACUAUGACUAAUCCGUGCCCCCACAUUCUCUUUUCCCUCAACAUGUCCCAUCUGAUUUUACAGCUGUUCUGUCCGUAACUCCAGGCCAGAUCAGCAUAACUGUAAGAAAUCUGCAAGAAUGGGUGGUGGUUGUCACACAGCAGCAUUUGCUGAACCUGAUACAACAUCUAAGAUCUAACUAGCCAUAUGAAGCCUAUUCAAGUUGAACAAACCAAACAGCAUCUCUGUUUUGCUGUCUAAAACUGUUGCAAUCUAUACAAAAUUUCAGUUUGCUGUAAGCCGUUUGACACAUAUGCUAUCUUCCAAAAAGGCGCAUUUUUUAAUUCACCCCAGUGUUGGCAUAUUUCAUCUCUCUUGUGUCAACUGUUUUGCUUUAUGUUUUAUGGCAGAUAUGUCUGACCUUUAAAAGCCAGUGGGCAGGUGGGCUGUAUAGCAGUUAGCAUGGGUUCAGUAUGAGUUACCGAUGGGAUAACAGUGGCCAGUAUACAGACAGCGGAAUCCCGUCCAUCAGAAUCACGACAGCCCUCCAUUAAGCCCCCUAACCCUCACCUUUUCCCUACCCUAACGCUCCCCGAUGGGUGCCUAACCCUAACCCUCUUCCCCGCUGCCUAAACCUAACCUUCCCUGCUGAGUGCCUAACCAUUACCUCCCCUUCUAUGUGCCUCACCCUAACCUUCCCGUGGCUGCACCCUAACCCCCUUCUGCUGCCUAACCCCCCCCCCCGGACCCCACAGCAGGACGGCAGCAUGUCUUACUCUCCGAACAAUCGCGUCCGGCUUUGUGUCCUCCCUCGGGAUCCCAACAUCGGUAUAUCGACUGCUUGGAUCCAAUUCAUCGGGAAGCUAACUGCUUCUCAUUCGCAUAUUUAAAGUUUAAUUGCCAUGUUUUUAAUUCUGAGUGAGCAAGUAGGACUUGUAGAAAAAUAGGGUUCCUUGAUGUGGUCUGCAGUAUAUCUUAAAUGUAUUGAUCAAUAUAUGAACUAAAGCCCCGUUGUUUGUUAUGGGGAGUGCAGAGCCUCUGGUACAUAUGCCUAUGCACCUUCUUAGUGUUUUUCCCUAAAUACCAUUGAGGGAAGCAGACAGAUUCAGUAACAUUCUAGUAAUGUAAUAACAAAGAUGCUGCUUCCAUGGUGAUGGAGUAAAUAGACAAUGCCAGCUCAACACUUCUUAUGUUUUUAAUACACACUAAGCUAGACUAUUCCAAACUCCAAUGUUAGGUAGGCAUGACAGGGCUACCAUUUAAGGAACAAUUCUAUAUUAUAUAAAACCUGAAUGAUACAUUUGUAUAACUAUGCAUAGUUUAUUGCUCAUGAUGACGCGACCCAUCCACCGAUGUAUAGAGGGUUUAUCUUAGUACUUUUG